GAAAAUUCCACCCGCUGAAAUUCCAUCCAUUCUUCUCUGCUUUGUGGAAACCAGAUUUCAGGCUCACGCUCCCGCCACGUCAUCCCUCACUCGUCCGUUUCCUCACGGGUGCGCACGCUUCUUAACGUGCGCACUCCUCACCCACCCCCUUCACCAGAUCCACAGCUCAGCUGUAUAAAGCACUAGUCUCUCCUACGACUCCCCCUCUAACCAAACGGUGCGCAUUCUCUUAACCUGCGCACCUCUCCCAAAUCUACUCUUCCACAGAUGGAGCGAGCUCGGCGACUCGCGAACCGGGCGAUUCUCCGACGACUCAUCACCGAGUCGAAGCCUCGCCCGCAAGCCUUCCCUCCGCCGCGCUAUAUAUCUUCCCUCUCCCCCUCCAUUCUCUCCGACCUCCUGCAGCACCACCAGAGGAAUGCGGGACCACCGAAAUCUCCCUCCAGUUCACAAACCCGAUCCAUCUCGGUCGAAUCACUCAAGCCAUCCGACACCUUCCAGCGCCGCCACAACUCGGCCACACUCGAUGAACAGUCCAAAAUGUCCGAGUCGUGUGGAUACCCCACUCUCGAUUCCCUGAUCGACGCCACCGUCCCGAAAUCGAUCCGGAUCUCGCCGAUGAAGUUCGGGAAAUUCGAUGCUGGAUUGACCGAAAGCCAGAUGAUUGCGCAUAUGCAGUCGCUGGCGGCGCAGAACAAGGUAUUCAAAUCCUACAUUGGGAUGGGAUACUACGGCACUUACGCCCCUGCGGUGAUCCUGCGGAACAUCCUGGAGAAUCCGGGGUGGUACACGCAGUACACGCCAUACCAGGCGGAGAUCGCGCAAGGCCGGCUCGAAUCCCUUCUCAAUUUCCAGACGAUGAUUUCUGACCUGACUGGAUUGCCCAUGUCGAAUGCGUCCCUCCUCGAUGAAGGGACUGCGGCGGCCGAGGCGAUGGCGAUGUGUAACAACAUCCAGAGAAGCAAGAAGAAGACGUUCCUGAUCUCGACCAACUGCCAUCCACAGACAAUUGAUGUCUGUAAGACGAGAGCCGGCGGGUUCGAUCUCAAGGUGGUGACCGCCGAUUUGAAGGAUUUUAAUUACAGCUCGAAUGAUGUUUGCGGGGUCCUCGUGCAGUAUCCGGGGACCGAAGGGGAGGUGUUGGAUUAUGGAGAGUUCAUAAAGAAUGCGCAUGCGAAAGGGGUGAAAGUUGUUAUGGCAACAGAUCUUUUGGCACUGACAGUGUUGAGGCCACCGGGUGAAUUCGGUGCAGAUAUUGUUGUGGGAUCUGCUCAGAGGUUUGGCGUGCCGAUGGGGUAUGGUGGGCCGCAUGCAGCAUUCUUGGCCACUUCACAGGAGUAUAAAAGGAUGAUGCCGGGGAGGAUUAUUGGAGUUAGUGUUGAUUCGUCAGGGAAGCCUGCUCUUCGUAUGGCAAUGCAGACGAGGGAGCAGCAUAUCCGGCGGGACAAGGCCACCAGCAACAUCUGCACUGCUCAGGCCUUGCUUGCAAAUAUGUCUGCAAUGUAUGCGGUGUAUCAUGGUCCUGAAGGCCUCAAAACGAUUGCCGAGCGCACUCACGGUCUUGCUGGGACUUUUGCGCAUGGGUUGAAGAAACUUGGAACAGUGGAUGUCCAAGGGCUUCCCUUCUUUGACACAGUGAAGGUCAAGUGUGCUGAUUCGUGGGCGAUUGCAGAUGCUGCUUAUAAAAGUGAGAUCAACCUUAGGAUUGUAGAUUCAAAUACGGUUACUGUCUCCUUCGAUGAAACUACGACCUUAGAGGAUGUGGACAAGCUUUUCAAAGUAUUUGCUUGUGGAAAACCUGUGAAUUUUACCGCUGAAUCUAUUGCAUCAGAGGUCCAAUCUACAAUCCCAAGUGGCCUUGUAAGGGAGAGCCCAUAUUUAACCCACCCGAUUUUCAAUAUGUACCACACAGAGCAUGAGCUACUCAGAUACAUUCAUCGGCUACAAUCGAAAGAUCUCUCUUUAUGCCAUAGCAUGAUUCCUUUGGGCUCCUGCACAAUGAAACUGAAUGCAACGGUGGAGAUGAUGCCAGUGACUUGGCCCAGCUUCGCGAACAUGCACCCCUUUGCCCCCAUUGAACAAGCUGCAGGUUACCAGGAAAUGUUCAAAGACUUGGGUGAACUAUUGUGUACAAUCACUGGAUUCGACUCCUUCUCAUUGCAACCCAAUGCUGGUGCUGCUGGCGAGUAUGCUGGGCUGAUGGUUAUUCGUGCAUACCAUUUGGCAAGAGGGGACAACCAUCGAAAUGUUUGCAUCAUACCUGUCUCAGCACACGGGACCAAUCCUGCGAGUGCAGCUAUGUGUGGAAUGAAAAUUGUCGCUGUUGGAACUGAUUCAAAGGGAAACAUCAACAUUGAGGAGCUAAGAAAAGCGGCUGAAGCAAAUAAAGACAAUCUAGCUGCUCUUAUGGUCACAUAUCCUUCAACCCAUGGAGUAUACGAAGAAGGGAUUGAUGAGAUAUGCAAGAUAAUUCAUGACAAUGGGGGUCAAGUUUAUAUGGAUGGAGCUAACAUGAAUGCACAGGUGGGUCUAACAAGCCCGGGUUGGAUUGGAGCAGAUGUUUGCCAUCUUAAUCUUCACAAAACAUUUUGCAUCCCGCAUGGUGGAGGUGGUCCUGGUAUGGGACCCAUUGGUGUGAAGAAACACUUGGCACCAUUUCUACCCUCACAUCCUGUGGUGCCCACGGGUGGCAUACCAGCCCCUGAGAAGUCCCAGCCGCUCGGUACUAUUGCUGCUGCACCUUGGGGUUCAGCACUUAUUUUACCCAUCUCCUAUUCAUAUAUAGCCAUGAUGGGGUCCAAGGGACUCACUGAAGCUUCAAAGACUGCUAUCUUGAAUGCAAACUACAUGGCGAAGCGUCUAGAGAAUCAUUACCCCAUACUUUUCCGUGGUGUCAAUGGCACAGUCGCACAUGAAUUCAUUGUCGACUUGAGGGGUUUUAAGAAUACAGCCGGUAUAGAGCCUGAAGAUGUUGCUAAGCGCCUGAUUGAUUAUGGAUUUCACGGCCCAACAAUGUCGUGGCCAGUUCCAGGCACGCUUAUGAUUGAACCCACUGAAAGUGAAAGCAAGGCAGAAUUAGACAGGUUCUGUGAUGCUCUUAUAUCAAUUAGAGAUGAAAUUGCGCAGAUUGAGAGUGGAAAAGCUGAUAUCAACAACAAUGUCCUGAAGGGGGCUCCUCAUCCACUAUCACUGCUCAUGGGAGAUGCGUGGACAAAACCAUACUCAAGGGAAUCUGCGGCCUUCCCUGCUGCCUGGCUCCGAGUUUCCAAGUUCUGGCCCAGUACAGGGCGUGUGGACAAUGUGUAUGGUGACCGCAAUCUCAUCUGCACCCUUCUCCCAGCAUCACAGGUUGUUGAAGAACAAGCUGCAGCUACUGCCUAGUCUCAGUAGCAUUAUGUUGUAAUCUUUCAAGGCUGAAAGCCUUUUUUUUUUCUUCCUUUCAUUAUUGUAUAUAUACUUUCAUACUCUUUUUUAUAUUUUCGAAAAGCGCUGCUAAGGCGCUGGCAUCCAUUGAUUGUUA